AUGGAGGCAGAUGUAAUAGCAGAUCUUCAACGUAAACUCAAAGAGACUGAACAAGAGCGGCUGAAAGCGGCACAGUAUGGUUUACAGCUAGUGGAGAGCCAGAAUGAACUGCAGAAUCAACUGGAUAAAUGCCGUAAUGAAAUGACGGCCCUGGCUGAGAGCUACGAACAAGAAAAAUACACUCUUCAGAGAGAAGUUGAGCUCAAGAGUCGAAUGUUAGAAAGUUUGAGCUCUGAAUGUGAAGCUAUUAAACAACAACAGAAAAUGCAUCUGGAGAAAUUAGAAGAAACACUGAGCAGAAGCCACGGGCAGGAAGUGAAUGAACUAAAAAAAAAGUUAGAAACACUGAAAGCUGAGUUAGAUGAAGCUCGGCUAAGUGAAAAGCAGCUGAAGCACAAAGUGGAUCAUCAGCAGGAACUCCUUUCUAGUAAAUCAAAGGAAAUGCAAAUAAUUGUACAUGAAAGUAUGUCUUCAGAGAUGCUGACUCUUCAAAUUGAGCUGACUGAAAUGGAAAAUGUGAAGACCACCCUCCAAGAAGAAGUGAAUGAACUGCAGUACAGACAAGAACAACUCGAACUUCUUAAUGCUAAUUUAAUGCGCCAGGCAGACCGGCUUAAAGGAGAAAAAGAAGAGCGAGAGAAAGAAGCGGUUUCUUACUAUAAUGCCUUAGAGAAAGCUCGUGUAGAGAAACAGGACCUUCAGGUGCAGCUAGACCAGGCCCUCCAGCAAGCCUUGGACCCUAACAGUAAAGGCAGCUCUUUGUUUGCAGAGGUGGAGGAUCGAAGGACAGCAAUGGAACGUCAGCUUAUCAGCAUGAAAGUCAAGUAUCAGUCACUAAAGAAGCAAAAUGCAUUUAAUAGAGAAUGGAUGCAAAGAAUGAAGUUACAGAUCACUACAUUGCUACAAAUGAAAGGGUCUCAAGCUGAAUUUGAACAGCAGGAACGGUUGCUUGCCAUGUUGGAGCAGAAGAAUGGUGAAAUUAAACAUCUCUUAGGUGAAAUUAGGAAUCUGGAGAAAUUUAAGAGUUUAUAUGAAAGUAUGGAAUCUAAGCCUUCAGCCAACUCUGUUCCUCUGGAAGAUGUCACCUAUUACACAGAUUUACUUCAAAUAAAGCUUGACAACUUAAACAAAGAAAAUGAAAACACUAAAGGUGAAUUGUCCAUCCAGCGAAUGAAAGCAUUACUUGAGAGCCAGCGGGCUCUGGAUAUUGAGCGGAAACUUUUUUUAAAUGAAAGGUGCCUCCAGCUUUCCCAAAGUGAAAAUAUGAAACUGAGAGCUAAAUUAGAUGAGCUGAAACUGAAGUAUGAACCUGAAGAGAAAAUUGAAGUGCCUGUACUCAAAAAGAGACGUGAGGUCCUGCCUGUGGAUAUAACCACCCCUAAUGCUAUAUGUACCACCAGUGCUGUUGGGGAAGAAGUUUAUAGAUUAUCACCACAGAAAGAGGAGGCACAAUCCUAUUCUAGUGGUUUGGAAGAUAACAACUUGCAGCUAGAAAAGACAGUUUCUGUAAGCACAUCAGGAGUCAUUCUCUCUCCUUACAAAAAUCUGCCCAUGGAUAUUCAGCCAAGAAAGGAAAAGAAGUGUGUGAAACUUACAGGAGUUCCCGCUGACUCAGAAGCCUUAAGUGAAAGAAGUGGAAACACCCCUAACUCUCCCAGGUUAGCUGCUGAAUCAAGGCUUCAAACAGAAGUUAAACAAGAAACUGCAAGCAAAUUGGAAAAAGCAGCUUGUAAGAAAUCACACCCUAUUGUAUAUGUAUCCUCCAAGUCAACUCCAGAGACCCAGUGCCCUCAGCAGUAAAGACUUUUCCUUUAUGAGAAUAAGGUACCACUUGCCCCAAAGAUUGCUCUGGAGCUUAAAUGUUGUCUUUAUCUGAGGAUACCUUCUUGCAGCCUAUUUUCCUUCUACUCAUUGUGCCAGGAACUGGUAUUUUCAUGCUUUGAGCAAACAUUCAAAAUGUGAUUGUGAUUCUAACCAGGAGAGUUCCUUAAGUGAUGAACUGUGAAUCACAGUGAAUAGACUAUUAACUGAAGGAAAGUGUUAUUAUAAAUCUGUUGGUUGCAUUGUAUAUAGAUUAUUAAAGUACCUUCAGAGCCAUAUAUACUUGAAAAGAGAACACAUUAUUAUAUUUUCCUAUGUACAUUUUUAUGAACGUAGUUUUUCACUAUUUUGUGAAAAUAGAAAACUUUGUUUAAAAAUAUAUUGUAACUAGAUUUUGUCAGUGUUUAAAGCAUGUAUGUUCAUCUUUGUAUUCAUCUACAUGAUUUUUGUUUCGAUUACAUGAAAAAUACAAUUUUGAAAUUUAAAAUAAAGUUGCU